AUGACUCUUACUGGAAGCUGCAUGUGCGGAAGCGUGGCUUACUCUACUGAAGGUACCACCACCCCCAGCACCACCAGCAUCACCCAUACUAUCCAACUCCCAUCUCUCUCCGACCAGUACCUGAGCGCUCUGUGCCACUGCACCGACUGCCAAAAGUGGACCGGCGGUGCUUUCACCUCCAACGCCGUUGUUCCCCGCUCUUCCUUCAAAGUCACCAAGGGAACCCCCUCCUCCUACGACGCCAUCGGCAACUCCGGCAAAGUCAACAAGCACUUCUUCUGCAGCAAGUGCGGCUCCAGUUUGUACACCGAGCUGGAGGUGAUGCCCGACAACACCGUCAUCAAAGCUGGGACUUUGGACGGCGGCGCGGCCAAUCUGAACGGCAAGGUCGAUGUCGAGUUCUAUGUCAAGGAUCGUCCGUCGUAUCUUGGGGCGGUGCCGGGUGCCAAGCAGGAGCAGGCUUUUGGUGCUUAA